CCUCGACAUCUGAAAUCACAGCCACGAAUGGUAAACUUAUGAUCAAUGUUCCAAGGCGAAGCAUAUACAACUAUCGAAGACUGUGAUAUAAAAACUUUUUGUGUAAUGUACUUUCUGUGUAAUAGAUUACAUCAGAUCUACAGAACCUAUCCAACGCAUGAACAUUAUAGGUCAGAAUUACAAAACAUUCUCAUGCGUAAUAACGAAUCAAUGAUAGACUACAUAGGGCGAGUUAAAGACCUGCACCAAGCCUUGAUAGAUGAGAUAGGCAGUAAACAGGAAUUAACCGAAGACAAACAAUGCGAAAUCGACGAUCUCACCUUACAAAGUUUCUGCGAUGGUCUUCUGCUCAAAUACCAGCGUUUGAUAAUACCGCGUCUUUGUAGAAACCUCUCAGACGCAUACGACCAGGCAUUAGAGUUAUACGCUAAGAUGGAAUAUGAGAAAGAACGUAGGAGAGAUCUCUCGCCUCCACGAAAUGCGAAAUACAGGAACAAUAACCGUCAGAGUAAUAGGGAGAGGCGCGCUCAGGAACGAUAUAACGAAUCACGUUUUCGAAACAAUAGAAAUAAAUCCACACGUCCUCUUCUCCUAAGGAAUGUAUAUAUUGUAAAAGGAUAGAACACACUCGGGAGGAAUGCUUCAA